AUGCGUGCUGCCGCGCCACACGACGUCGCUGCUCAACUCGACCGGCUCGCUCCGGCCUUUCGCAGCCUGCUCCGCGCCGGCUCGCGCUACGCGCAUCGAGCCUCCGCGCGACGAGAGGCGGUCGGCCCAGUGCUCCUGCUCCGGGCGCGAGAGUCGAUCCGCCAUCCCAUGGGCGUUGCAGCGCCGGGGGGCCUCUUUGCCAGCGCCGUCCGGUGCGCCCUUGCACCGUCGCCAUCCUACCAGGCGCAGUGCGGGGCGGGCAGCGCACCGCACGAGGUGGUGGUGGAGGGCUCGCACUUCACCUUUCUCCAGCAACCCGCGCUGGCCGCCUCGGCUGCUCACCAUAUCGCAUCCUUCCUGAACUCGAUAGCGGCUCGCGACGACCUGCCCAGCGGUGGCGCAGACGGCGGCCCUGCGCCGAUCGUGGAUAGCCAGGCCUCCCUGGGCCACGGGGCGUGUGCUGCUGCGUGUGCUUGA